GAAUCAUUUGAUAAUCUCAUCGGAUGAGCGAUAUUCCGAACGUUUGCGUUACUUUAAGGUGACGUUAGUGACUGUCUAAUAUUUUAUACUCGCUAUGGAAAAUCAGAUGGAUAGAAACCUGGAGUUUUAUGCAGAAGAAGUCAGGAAAAGGCAAGAUUUAGAGAAAGAAAAGGAGGGAGAAAAACAAUUCCUUCGUACCUCACUACGAGCGUCUAGUCGUUUGCGAGCUAUUGAACAAUACAGGAAAAUCAUUAGAAGAGAUGAAUCCAAGAAGGCUGAAGUAAAUCAAGCAUUUGAAGAUGAUUCAAAGGUUGAAAGUAACACAGAACUCAUGGAACUUUUGUGCUAUCUGCGGACGAAGAUGCCAGUUCCAAGAGAAGAGAAUGAGAAUAAAUUUCAAUCAUCAGACGUCACACUUCCAACAAACGAAACUACUUUGGAUUCAGAAACAGAACAAUGGGAGUGGCUUUUAAACGUUCUAUCCGAUCCAAGUUUAUCAAAAGCAUUUCUUAUGCAUGACAAAGUUGCGAAAGCAUAUGAGACUUGUAAAAGUGUGAUGCAUCCUAAACCGAGAUAUCGUUGGCCUGUUUUAGCUGGAUUGGCAUACGACACGAUGGAAGCUGUUAAAGAACAGUUAUUAACUGCAUUGAAGAAUCCGGGUCAAUUUGAUGCGUUUACUUUAAAUUGUAUUUCCGCAAUAUUUAAUUUAUGCUCAUCCCCUUUAUUUCAGAACUUAUUAAUUGCUAUGGAUGGAUUAGCAAAUACAUGGCUUUUUGAUGCUGAUGAAGAUUUUGUUGCAUCUGAAAGUUUUGACAUGUCAGAGGAUAUCGAUAGAAACUCUAUUUCUAGUUCAUAUAUUCAAAAAUCUUCUGUCCCAGGUUGUUACGCUACACUUGCAUACGAUGAUCAAGGUCGUGACUCCUAUUCAGAACAUGGAGUUAGAUUAAAAUAUGUUAUUCUUCAAAAAACUGGUAAUGAAUUUUUGGGAGCUACAGUUCGUUUGGAAAGAAAUUCAAUUCUAAUUGCUCGGAUUGUUAAUGGGGGUUUAGCUUGUAAGACAAAUCUUCUUCACGAAGGUGACGAACUGUUAUCUGUCAAUGGAAUUGAACUAAUGGGGAAAGAUUUGAAUACAGUAUGUGAUAUUAUGGCUUCACUACAUGGGAGAAUUGUUCUUCUUGUUGCACCGGCACUUGAUCCAUAUUCAUCAAUAUCGACUAAAGGAAUUAUACAUCUACGUGCAUUAUUUACUUAUGAACCCACUGACGACCGUUAUAUAGCAUGUAAAGAAUUGGGUUUAGGAUUUACCAAAGGAGACAUUAUACACGUUACAGGCAGGAAAGAUCCAAAUUGGUGGCAAGCUUAUCGAAGUGAUGAAGAACGUGGUUUAUCUGGUGCAAUCGGAACAUUAGCUGGUCUCAUACCUAGUCCAAUUUAUCAACGUAAUCGUGCUAUAUUACGCUUAAAAUAUUGGUUAACUAGUGGAACUGAAGACAUUGAAUUGGAAGAAGAUUCAACAGACUCUGAUUCAACUGGAUCAACUGUUAAUAAAGCAGAAAAGCCUACAAAUAAAUCGAAAGAGAAGAGGUUUUUGGGGAUAAAAUUUCCAACACUUAAAAAUGCACACUUUGGUAGUAGAUCUACCUCACCAUCAGGUCGAGAUACUAAUCAAGCUGAUUCAAAAAGUGAACUGACAUCUGUGAAUACAAGUGAAGGUGAUUUAACGGAUGGAGUUGUAUCUACACCGGAAGAUGAUUCACGUUGUGUAAUGAAUAGUACUGUGUUAAGUUCAGCUUAUGGUGAUCGCAUGUCUGGUUUAACAAAACCUACUGAUCUUUCCUCAGUUAAUGCAAUCAAUGAAUGGUCAGCUGCUGGACCAGUAUGGGGUCAACAUGGUUAUGAUCUUCGAACUCUACGUGCACGUCGUAAACGAAAUAGACGGAAACUCUCUUCAACAAAUAGAUCGUCUCCAUGUCUAGAAGGUUUAAGAUCCUGGAAAAAAGAUAAAAACCAUGGCGAGUAUUAUCCAUCUCUUGUUCCUGUCCCAGAUAAUGAAUUACAGUCGAGUGAUGAUCCUGUGGCAUGGUUAGAUAAAGAAGUUGCUCGUGGUUAUAUGAUCCAUUAUAGUUUAUGGACUUAUGAACCUGUCGCUCAGUAUAUCCCACAACCACUUCGUAGACGGCCGCUUGUCUUUGUUGGGCCAGCACAUGUUGGACGGCAACAAAUUUUACAGCAUCUCAUUCAACGAGAACCUGAUCGAUUUUUUCAAGCGGCUAUUUAUACAACAAAUUCAAAUUUGAAGGCAGAUACGAAAUUUUCUUAUAUUUGUAUUACAGAAGAAGAGUUUCGAUUAAAACGUAAACAAAAAGAAUUCAUUGAAUGGGGAUUAUUUAAUCGUGAUUAUUAUGGAACUAGUAAAUUAACUGUACAACAAUUAGUAAAUGAAGGCAAAAUAUGUUGUAUAUCUUUAAGACCUGAUAACUGUGCUCGACCAGUCUAUCAAAUAGGAUAAAUCACGUAUACUGGAUUUAAUUGUCAAUCAAUCCUAUUAUCUAACAUAUUUACCGACAAAUACUUAUCACAUUUGUCGAGUAAAGGAAAAUUUAAUUCCUUAAAUCAAACUUACUUACGCUGGAGCCCCUCGGGGGCUACUGCCGGUUCCAAACCCGGAUAAAGGAGGAGGGUUGGUCAUGGCGUUAGCGACCCCAUCCCCUAGAAAACUAACUCGCUAAAAAAAAACGCUAAUCAAAAAAUUAUCCAAAUCAUACUAUCGACGUUAAAUUCAUGAUUACAUAUAAUGUUCAUAUUAAGCACUACGUAUAGCUUAUAUAAAAUUUAUGAUCAACACAAUUAAUCUUAUGUCUAAUCAGAGUUAACAAUGUAUGAAUUACAAAACACGUAAACAACACAGAAAAGUCGGUCUUUACGUAAAAUACGUUCAAGUGGUCUUGAUCCAUAUGUAAUAUUUAUUUCACCGCCAGAACGAGUAGAUGAUCUACAACAUUUACGUAAAAAUUUAAAUCUAACUGGUAAUUGUUCUAAUGAUGAAUUGAAAGCAUGUAUUGAAACAAGUCGUAAAAUGGAAUUACGUUUUGGUCAUUGGUUUGAUAGAGUAAUUAUUCCUGAAACAUUGGAUUCAACUGUUACAGAAUUAAUUCGUUUAGCUAUUAAACUUGAACGUGAACCAACUUGGGUACCAAGAUAUUGGUUAGAUCUCGAUUAAAUUAUUGCUUGUAUGGUUUUUCUGUAUUACUUUUAAAUCUGGCAUUUCUUCUUUUUGUUUUCUUUUCUAUUUACUGUAUAUUAUCUUAUGAAUAAACUGCUGAAAACUAAAUUGAUUAGUAACGUCGUUGUAUACACGGGAAACAAAACAAAACAAAACAUGUCAACAGUUUAAUAUUGCUGAUUUUGACAAUGAAAAUGUAUUUUUUUUUGUUUUUUCUUUUUACGGUGUACUUUUCUAUUUACCGUUUUGUGUAUUAUCGAUUUCUUUUUGUAAAUGAUUAGUUACCUUUUACGAGACUUAAUUUUAAUUACUAUUGUGGAUACUAAUUGUUUUAACUUGUUAAUUUAUUAUUAUUAUUGUUAUUAUUUUAUAUUAUUAUUUUGAUUCAUUGUUUCUAUUUCCUUCAUAUUUUGUUUUGUACGAAUAUGUAAUUAUUUGAUCAGUUUUUUUAUACAAAAUAAUGAUGCAGAAUAACAGAUUGAAUAGUUCAUUUCACUUGGUAUGGUUUGUUUGAAUCUUCCUAUUGUUAUUUAGGAGUGUAAUUAAUCAGUCUUUUAUUGGUAUA